ACUAAACAGUCCUGUUUCAUUCAUUAGUUUUCUUUAGUUUGUGACUGUUAUUUGCCUUCUUUAAUUAUUUCAUCAUAAUAUUAUUAUUUAUUCCAAUACAUUUUGGAAAAUCAUAGCAAUGGAACUACCCCAUCUAGGGAAAAACUGCGAAUUUACAUCUUGUAACCAACUAGAUUUUCUCCCUUUUCAAUGUAGUGGCUGUGGAAAAACAUUUUGCUUAAAUCACAAAUCUAGAGAGCAACACAACUGUACAGCUCCAGAAGCUCAACACUUGGAGUUCACAGGCGAAAGGUCUUACCCAUGUAGCUGGACUGGGUGCGAGAAGAGAGAGUUAGCUCCCAUCAUAUGUCAUCACUGUGAGCUUAGCUUUUGUCUGGGCCACAGAUUACAAGAGGACCACAGCUGUAUAAAGUUGCCAGAGAAGGCUCCAGAGGUUACUAAGACAACACAACAUGUUCAACAGAUACUUGCUCAGAGGAAUAUCCAACCUAGAAGCAAGUCACUGAAUCCCAAGGCCCUUCAAAUGGCAGCUAAAGUUGCCUUAAUGAAGAUGAAAGAGAAAGCAGUCGGGGACCAGGGCUUGAGUGAACGUGUCUAUUUUAGAAUCAUCUUGCCACUGGAAUCCAAGAAGCUUCCUCUACACCUGUUUUUCUCAAAGGUCUGGUCUGUCGGGCGUGUGGUUGACUAUAGUGCUGACAAGGCAUCUGUAACAAACAACAAUAACACAAGUGCAGAAAAGAAACUCUGUUUGUUUCAUGCAGACACAGGUGCCAGACUUCCAGCUGACAAGAAAUUGUCUGAGCUUAUGGAAGACCAGUCUACUUUUAUACUGAAUGGCUCAACACUGGUGCUAGAGUACACAACAGAUGCCACUGACUUCUUGGAUCAUUUAGAUUUAUACAAAACACAAUAAACAACCAUUAUUUUU